AUGGCUGAAACGGUGAAUUAUGUGCAGUUUGCUGACAGUGACACGUACGGUCCUGAUGUUGCCCUAGACAAUGAUGAGAAUGAAAUGUGUGGUGAUUUUGACAUUAGUAACCGCGAUGUCGUUCCCCGUAACCGAAUCUGGAAUGCUGAAAAUCCAGAGUUGGACAAAGGGAUGGCUAUUGACCAAGAAGCCAUCAAUUGGGUUUACAAGAUGAAUCCUGUGGAGUGGGCCCUUUCGUAUGACGGUGGAUAUCGGUGGGGGGUAUUGACCAGCAAUGAUGCAGAGUGCUUCAAUAGAGUCUUGAAAGGCUUCAUGGCACAUCUACCUGAUGAAGUCCCACUUUUGAGUCAUCCACAUCGGGCUGACAGUAUAUGGGAGGACCCGGACCAGGCACGCACCGUGGUGACAUGCCGGCGAGGAGAUUCCAGCCUAUGGGAGCGUCCAUUAGACCAUAGAGUCUUGCAGUGUCUACUGUGCACGGGAUUCUAUGGUGUUUAUCGUAUAGGCCAUAUCAGACUGGACCACCCACUCAUUACCGCUCUCGUCGAGAGGUGGCGCACAGAGACUCAUACAUUUCAUUUCCCGACCGGUGAGGCCACCGUCACAUUGCAGGACGUAUCUGUCCUAUACGGUCUACGGAUUGAUGGGCAAGCAAUUACUGGACCUGACCCACCAUUGACGAGAGAUCAGUGGAUAGCCCUAUGUGCUGAGCUAUUGGGAGUAGCACCUAUACCUGCAGACUUACAUGCAGGUAGAGUGAGGGUGAGGUGGCUGUCCGAACAGUUUCAGGGCCAUCUUCCAAAUCAUGCUCUAGAUGAGUUAGUACAGCAGCAUGCCCGAGCAUAUAUUUUGUGGCUUAGUGGGGGGGUACUUCUCCCUGAUAAGUCAUAG